CUCAUACUGGUCCCCCUGUGUCUGCAGGCUGCAGGGCACCGACGUGGUGAUCGCCAUCUUCAUUAUUGUUGCCAUGUCCUUCGUUCCUGCCAGCUUUGUGGUUUUCCUGGUUGCAGAGAAAUCCACUAAAGCCAAACAUCUGCAGUUCGUCAGCGGCUGUGACCCCGUCAUCUACUGGCUGGCCAACUACAUCUGGGACAUGCUGAACUACCUGGUACCUGCCACAUGUUGCGUCAUCAUCUUGUUUGUGUUCGACCUGCCAGCCUACACCUCCCCCACCAACUUCCCAGCUGUCCUCUCCCUGUUCCUGCUCUAUGGGUGGUCCAUCACUCCCAUCAUGUAUCCAGCAUCCUUCUGGUUUGAUGUUCCCAGUACAGCCUACGUCUUCCUCAUUGUCAUCAACCUCUUCAUAGGCAUAACUGCAACCGUGGCCACCUUCCUCCUGCAGCUGUUUGAGCAUGACAAGGAUCUGAAGAGAGUCAACAGUUACCUGAAGUCCUGCUUCCUCAUCUUCCCCAACUACAACCUGGGUCACGGUCUGAUGGAGAUGGCCUACAACGAGUACAUCAAUGAAUACUACGCCAAAAUAGGCCAGUUUGACAAGAUGAAGUCUCCAUUUGAGUGGGAUAUUGUGACUCGAGGACUCGUUGCUAUGACGAUAGAAGGCUUUGUUGGCUUCCUUAUCACCAUCCUUUGCCAAUACAACUUCCUGAGGAAACCACCGAGGGUGCCGGUCAGCUGCCGGCCUGUCGAUGAUGAUGAUGUAGACGUGGCCUGUGAGAGACAGAGAGUGCUGCGGGGCGACGCUGACAGUGACAUGCUGCAGAUCGAGAACCUGACAAAGGUGUAUAAAUCCAGGAAGAUGGGUCGCAUCCUGGCCGUGGACCGCCUGUGUCUUGGUGUCCGGCCCGGGGAGUGCUUCGGGUUGUUGGGAGUUAACGGAGCAGGGAAGACCACCACGUUCAAGAUGCUCACCGGAGACGAGUGCACCUCCGGAGGAGAGGCUUUCAUCAACAGAAACAGCAUCCUGAAGGACCUGCUGCGUGUCCAGCAGAGUAUCGGCUACUGUCCACAGUUUGACGCUCUGUUUGAUGACCUGACUGCCAGGGAGCACCUGCAGCUUUACACUCGCCUUCGGGGCAUUCCCUGGAAGGACCAGGAAAGGGUUGUGCAGUGGGCUUUAGAAAAGCUGGAGCUAUCCAAGUAUGCAGACAAGCCAGCUGGCACUUACAGCGGAGGAAACAAGCGCAAGCUCUCCACGGCUAUUGCUCUGAUCGGAUACCCGUCCCUCAUCUUCCUGGAUGAACCCACCACUGGCAUGGACCCCAAGGCCCGCAGGUUCCUCUGGAAUCUAAUCCUGGACAUAAUCAAGACGGGCCGCUCUGUUGUGCUCACAUCACACAGCAUGGAGGAGUGUGAGGCACUGUGCACUCGACUGGGAAUUAUGGUAAACGGCCGGUUUAAAUGUCUGGGCAGCAUCCAGCAUCUGAAGAACAGAUUUGGGGAUGGCUACAUGAUAACUGUGAGGACUAAAAGCAGCGGUAAUGUGAAGGAGGUGGUGCGGUUCUUCAACAGGAACUUCCCUGAAGCCAUUCUGAAGGAGCGUCACCACACCAAGGUCCAGUACCAGCUCAAGUCUGAGCGCAUCUCCCUGGCCCAGGUGUUCAGUAAGAUGGAGCAAGUGGUGGAGGUCCUGGGCAUUGAGGACUACUCCGUCAGUCAAACCACCCUGGACAACGUGUUUGUUAACUUUGCCAAGAAGCAGAGUGACAACCUGGAGCAGCAGGAGGUUCUGCCCCCUGGUGGCGGGCAGUCCCCAUUGCAGCGCAUCUUCAGUUUCCUGAAAGUCCGGCCUGCCAACACAGAGUUGAAUUCUCUGAUCAGUGAGGCUCCAGAGGAGCUCGAAAGUGAUGAUGAUGAAGGACUCAUCAGUUUUGAAGAAGAAAGGGUGCAGCUCUCCUUCAACACAGACACCCUCUGUUAAAAAAGAAGACCUUAGGAGAGACUGAACUGAUCCCACUCUUUUGGACCUCUGAGGCUUAGAGAGUGACCUCUGACCCCGGGGGUCGUUUAGACCUCUGCAGGCUGUGGGUGGGGACAGCAGUGGCUGCAGGAGCAGGAUGGAGAGUCACUCCACCCACAGCUUCUCCUGAAUGUAUGAGUGGCUGCCAUGCAGCUACACCUGGAUAGAUGAUUGUUUGGUUCUGCAGCUUACUUUGACUAGAUGGGCCAGUGGAACCAGAGUGGAACCAGAGUGGAACCCUUGCACCAAACUCAGCUUGUCUUCAGAGCAUGCAGUCAUGAUGAAAAUGUAAUAGUCUAUUUUUCUGUGGCAGGAAGAAUGAUUUAUUUUGGAUAUUGUAAGAACAGCGGAUCUUACAUGGAGACGCUUUUUGAUGUCAGUGACCUAGAGGCCGUGCACACAGCUUGAUUAUUGUCCUGAUGGUGGCGCACUGUUCUCAUCUUGCUCUGUGUCAAACAAAUGUUUUCCUUUGUGCUUUAGACACAUCAUUAUAUUGUGGACUAUAAGUUUUCUGCUGUAGUGCUGACAGUGUGUAUAGUGAUUUAAUAAUUACUGCAUCUGAACCUGGAGGGACGACGACCGCUCCACCAUCACUGUGACACUAAAACCAACUCAGUCCACAAUAUUUACUACUAGAACUAAGUUCAUCUUAAUGUUUAUUAGUUUCAAGCUUUCUGUGGUGUAUUUUAUAUAAAUGUGCAAAAGACAGAAAAGAUGCAUAUUUCCAGAAGGCAAAAGUUUGGUUAUUUGCUGGCAUGUGAAUUUAAACGUUUUUCAUUAGUUUUGUUAAACCAAGUAGUGAUUCCUCUUGUUCAAAAUUGUUGUUUCAUUCCUCCCUUCACAAACCUUUCCAGUCCUGGAUUUUGGUUUUAAUAUUUAAAUACUGGUAUUUUUCUGAUGUGAUUGUUAAACUGGAAACCUUUUGAUUUUUUUUUUUUGUCUGAAGGUGUAUAAGCAGAGGGGCAUUGUCAGCUUGUAUUCAUUUUAUUGUGAAAUCUGAAAAGGCCACAUGUGGGUCUGACAGAUGCACAUCUGUCUGAUCACCUGACUGAAGUCACAGCUCUGAACUUUUUCCUGUUAAAUUAAUGAAAAGAAUCAUAUAUCAGUUUAAUUCUUCAUUCUUUUGAAUGCAAACAUAUAACUAUAGUAAUCAGUUUUACCAUUAAAUUAAAUUACGGAAGUGGUGUGUAAGUUGAUCCUCACUGCUGCCAUGGGAACCAUCAGCAAGGAAGAAUCAGAUGUCCAUUAAUUCACCAGGCAGAAAAAAACAUUCACUUGAGAUCGAUCUGGAAAGAGUUCUGAUCAUUUCCAAACAAUCUGAAGUUCAUUAAUGUGAAAAAGAAAGUUGAGAUAGGAAACCUGCCAACCCCAAGAGGAAAGGCCCACCUCAGACUCUUCAGGCUUCAGUUAGCAUGCUAAAGGUUAAAGUUCAUAAAAACACCUUUAGAAAUAUUGACCCAAAACUACAGUUGAAUAAAUCCAAAACCUUCUGAAGAGCAGAAGAGACUAGAGAUAUUUGACCUUAACUUUUAUCAACCACUGCUGACACAAGUCAGUGAUUGUAAAUACAGCAGAACAUCUACAGAAGAAAAAGAAAACUCAAAAGUGUUCCAUCUGGCCUAUUCAAAGUCUAGAAUGGGCCAAGCAUUGAAUGAAAUGCUGUGGUGAGACCUUCAGUCGAGCAUUUAGAAAUGCUGAAGAUGUUAAAGUGGAGACUUUCAAUUAGUCACACACUGGGUGUGUUCAGUUAAACCUUUAUGAUCUUAUCACAAACUGGUUUAGUUUCAGUUCAUAGAACAAAACAUCAACACUUACAUUGAAAGUACCAGUGAUCUGUUUUUGACCAGAUCAUUUUCUACAUGUACUUCUCGACUAGGACAUCAGAAAUGAGUUUAUAGUUUACCGGCACUACAAAUCAGCAUCAACCUGCUUCAGACUAACAGGGCAGUAAUUCAUGUCACCAGCAGCAGAUUUAUGCAAACUUACAAAAAGAUUGGUUGAAAUCUGGAACUUCAAAACUUGCAUUUGGAGGUGAUGAGAAUCAGCAGAUUGUCAUUUGGGUGAUGUUUUAUGUUAGCAUUUUAUUGUAAUAAAGAAGCAGCCGUUUCCCUGAGAUAAAGGUUCAGUCACCCAACGACCCUUAAUGUUAAGCUUUACCUUGGGCUUAGCAGUGCUGGAUAAUAUUCAGAGUCUGCUACAGAAAGCUUUUGCGCUCAGAAAUGUUGAUUCUUUUUCAUUCGGGGCUCUUGAUUUUGUCUUGUUUUUACAUCAGCAAAUUUAAACAUAACUUUCCAUGUUCAGCCUGCUCGGAUGUUCCUAAUAAAGUUUUCUGUGAGUGUAAAUUCA